GACGUCGGCGUUAAUGCUAAUGCUAUGCUAGGCUACUGAGAAUGCUCAAAGUACGAUACUCUCACACUUCAGAGUUAAGUUAACCUAAAAGCUAAGUCACCACUUAAGUUCCGACACAAACAGUUUGAUACUAAAGUUAACCGCAAGAAUCACAGAGUUGCGUUUCAAAGUUAGCGUUUGAAGCUAAUGCUAAGCUAACACGGGCAACGCUACAAGGUCCAGAUGUUGAACGAAAGUCCAGGUGCAAUGUGUCAUGUGUCAUAGAGGAAGAGGAGUGAGAGGAGGAUGAAGAAAAGGAAGAGCAACAGCAGCAGGAGGAGGAGGAGGAGGAGGAGGAGUUUCCUUGUUCCAUUUCCUCGUUGACUUUGUGACUUUCUCCCUUCUUUGUAGAAGUUAGUUAACAAGCUUUAAAAUCACAAAAAUGUACCGGAACUUAGGAAGGAUGCUCGCCCGGGGGACGAGCGCCUGGCUGGGCGCCGCUGACUCAGUUCUCCCGGCGGCGGCGUCUCGGCUGCGGUACCGCGACUACUCCCAGGCCGUGGACCGGGACGACGACCCCAACUUCUUCACCAUGGUGGAGGGCUUCUUCGACCGCGGCGCCGCUAUCGUGGAGGACAAGCUGGUGGACGACCUGAAGACUCGAGAGAGUCACGAGAACAAGCGGAAGAGGGUCCGCGGGAUCCUGCGGAUCAUCAAGCCGUGUAACCACGUCCUGAGCGUCAGCUUCCCCAUCAAGAGAGACAACGGAGAGUGGGAGGUGGUGGAGGGCUGCCGGGCUCAGCACAGCCAGCACAGGACGCCCUGCAAGGGAGGGAUCCGAUACAGCAUGGACGUGUCUGUCGAUGAGGUCAAAGCGCUGGCGUCACUGAUGACGUACAAGUGCGCCGUGGUUGAUGUUCCCUUUGGCGGCGCCAAGGCUGGUGUCAAGAUCAAUCCCAAGAACUAUUCCGACAACGAGUUGGAGAAGAUCACCAGGCGGUUCACCUUGGAGCUUGCCAAGAAAGGUUUCAUCGGACCCGGUAUAGACGUUCCUGCUCCAGACAUGAGCACUGGAGAGAGGGAGAUGUCCUGGAUCGCCGACACCUUCGCCACCACCAUGGGACACUAUGACAUCAACGCUCACGCCUGCGUCACCGGGAAGCCUAUCAGCCAGGGGGGGAUCCACGGUCGGAUCUCUGCCACAGGACGAGGAGUUUUUCACGGCAUCGAGAACUUUGUCAACGAGGCUGCCUAUAUGAGCAAGCUGGGAAUGUGCCCCGGCUUCCAGGACAAGACCUUCGUCAUCCAGGGUUUUGGUAACGUGGGCCUUCACUCCAUGAGAUAUCUUCAUCGCUUUGGGGCUAAGUGCAUCGGAGUCGGAGAAUUGGACGGAAGCAUCUGGAACCCGGAAGGCAUCGAUCCCAAAGAGCUGGAGGACUACAAAUUGGCCAACGGGACCGUCGUUGGCUUCCCUAAGUCCACACCGUACGAGGGAAGCAUCCUGGAGGCCAACUGUGACAUCCUGAUUCCCGCCGCCAGCGAAAAGCAGCUGACCAAAGGCAACGCCCACAAGAUCAAAGCCAAGAUCAUCGCAGAGGGAGCCAAUGGUCCGACCACGCCCGAAGCCGACCGCAUCUUCCUGGACAGGAACAUCUUAGUCAUUCCGGACAUGUACCUGAAUGCCGGGGGCGUGACCGUGUCCUACUUCGAGUGGUUGAAAAAUCUCAACCACGUCAGUUACGGACGGCUGACGUUCAAAUACGAGCGCGACUCCAACUACCACCUGCUAAUGUCCGUCCAGGAAAGUCUGGAGAGGAAGUUCGGGAAACAUGGCGGUGCCAUUCCGAUCGUUCCCACGUCGGAGUUCCAAGCGAGAAUUGCUGGGGCGUCCGAGAAGGACAUCGUUCACUCGGGCUUGGCCUUCACCAUGGAGCGCUCGGCCAGGCAAAUCAUGCGAACUGCCAACAAGUACCAGCUGGGCUUGGACCUGCGCACCGCCGCCUACGUCAACGCCAUCGAGAAAGUCUUUAAAGUUUACAGCGAGGCCGGACUCAUCUUCACGUAGCUGUCUGUCCUAUGAGGCUUGACGUGUGUGUGUGUGUGUGUGUGUGUGUGUGCGUGCGUGCGUGCGUGCGUGCGUGGAAUUUUUAAAAAGCCUUAAAAACACCAAAAAGGGCAAAAAGCAAACUGUUUCAUAAAUAUAUUUUUCAUGUCUUGAAUACAUUUUUCAUGUCUUUUUCAAGGAGCAGUUGCAGCCUAUCAUGUCAGUCAUCCACCAGCCCAGUCAAACAUUGACUUUGAUACACACACAUUCGUUCAUUCGCCGAUAUAUGUGUACACACACACACACACACAUAUUACAUACUAUAUAUAUAUAUAUAUAUGUGUGUGUGUGUAUGUUUGUGUAUACACAUAUGCACAAUUGUCUAUAUUUCACAGAAAUAAAAGACCAACGCUUUGUGCGUUGUUUUGUGUUUCUAGAACUUGACUGGGCUUUUAUUUGUUAAUGACGCAUGACUAAGCUAAGCUAGUAAUGGCAACAAUACGGCGUCCCCUUGAGGCUGUUCACUUUGAUACACACAUUUAUUCGCUGGAUUAUAUAUAUAUGUAUGUAUAUUAAACAGAAAUAAAGACUGACGCUUUGUGCGUUGUUUUAAGUUUGUAGAA